AUGACUAGCGUGAGGCAGCGCUCACCGCUUCCGACGCUCACCACGACACCUCCACCAUUGGACGCAGUGUCAGAAGAUGGAACCAUCAGUCCCAUCUGGAAGUUGCCUCCUUCGCUUCAACCAAGACAUUCAAGUUACAAAGGAAAAUCGAGAGAUGCGUCAGACGGUCGACCUGUUUCGAUGAUCAGUCACGAAUGGACAGUCAAUGCUGUGACAACUCGUGAAGGAGCUGAUGAAUGGAAAUCGAGGGACCGCAUAGUCUUGAUUCUAGGUCAACCAACUCCUGAAUCGCUUUCACCUCUUCUCUACGACGACAUUUACCAAGAUACAUUGCUACUCAUUGGUACCCCAACACCUGAUCCGAAUAUCCAAGCUCUUCUCAAGGGCUCCGAUGCCAAGCCAAUACGACCCAUCGUUCGAACAUUCAGUCCUAACACAGAUGGCAAUGUGACUGCCGCCCUCCUCAAAGAAGCACAGAACAUUGCACAAAGCUAUCGUAACAGGAGGGCAAAAUCGAACCGUAGGAUGUCUUCAUUGUCUCUUGGUCGAGCCGAUUCGCCAUCACCAUCGUUCAAGCGCAUGUCUCUCUACUCUGGGUCUGCGUCAACCUUGCCUCGAUCAGGCUCAGACGUGUCCAUUCCAGGUCGUCGACAGACCAAGUCUGACAGUAGACCACCUCUGGCCGUCCUAUCAACACCCGUCCUCUUCGACGCAGUCAUCAAUUUCCUCCACUCGCCUUCGCUCGGCCAGCAAAGAGCCAUGCAGGAAAUGCUGCAUCAGACCAUGGUGAUCACCACUGGUAUCUGGCCCAUUCUCAUGGCGAAUCCAGACUCAAUGUCGGAUCUGCCGACUCUCUUGCUUCACGUCAUGCCAUCUGGUGUCACUGGAGCUGUCCCACACGUGAUCGAAGACUACCUCAUAUCCUUCUCCUCGAAUAUCGCCCAUGGAGCCAGGAGAGAUCUUCGAGCGCUUGCUGUGCAUUCUUCAAUUUGGCGCACACCAGUGGUCGAAUUGGCAUCUGGACCCAUCGCUCAAAAUUUCUCAGGAGCCAAUGUACUCAUGUUCAAUGGUCUCUCGCCCUUGCGUGCUUCAGCUCUGGUAUCGAGGUGGAAAUCCUGUGCCGACGUUUCGAUGCCACCAUUAGAAGAUGCUCGACCAAGACUGCAACGCCCAUCGUCUGCAGCUUCACGAUUCAGCUCAAAGGGACCAGCAUUGUACACUAUCACGCAGCCCACCAGUCCAUCUGGUUAUAGCUCUCAACAGCGGGAGGUUGGUCUCGAAACGCCUGAACUCGACCAUGCGGCCAUGUCCUCGAGUUCGAGCACCUCAGGAUCCGCCGAGAACACUGAGACAACGACGGAAAAUGCCGUACAGCCUGUCAAAGUGGUCGGAGAUGGUGAUGACACCACUACGACCCAGUCCAACGGGUCCGUGGGUAAGAAGAAGGGUGUUUGGAAACGACUGUUUGGAAGGACUCGAACUCCAUGA